AUGGAAAAUAAAGCCAUUGAAUUAGAUGAUUUUGAAAUUGUAUGCAGAAUUUGUUUGGGUAAAAAAGAAAAUAUGAAUUCAAUUUUUGAAACAACGCUACUCUCGAAUUUAAUAAAAACAUACAAAGAAUUGUUAGAAGAAUGUGCUUCUGUACAUGUAAAUGAAUCAGUUAAAACUUCAAAUACAGAAUCACAUGAGAAUGAUUCAAAAGAUGCCAAGACAAUUAAAAAAUAUAAAUGUGAUGAUUGUGAAAGAAAUUUUCAAUUAAAAAUAGAAUUUUAUAAACAUCAAAAACGUGUUCAUCAAAAAGGUUAUAAGUGUAUAUUCUGUGGGAAAAUUUUUAAUAAUUUAAAAUCUUUGUGGGCACAUUCACCAGAAACGGUCCAUUGUAAAAUAUGUAAACAAGAUUAUGGAUGUAAAACUAAGUUAAAGCGUCACGUAGAGGAGGACCACUCGACGUGUGAUAUAUGUGGUAAAACAUUUCAAAAUAGUACACAGUGUAAAGUUCAUAGAAUGAUUCACGAGGAUAAACGCCAUUUAUGUACGUAUUGUGGAAAAACGUUUGCAGAUAAUAGAAGUCUCAGAAUUCAUGUACGAAGACAUACUGGAGAAAAAUCAUAUCAGUGUAGUCAAUGUGAUGCGAAAUUUUGUGAUGCUGGCGGAUUACGAAUGCAUUCUGUAAAACAUUCAGAUGAAAAAAAACACGAAUGUGACAUUUGUAAAAAACCAUUUAAAACUAAAAAUUCUGUAAUAAGACACAAGCGUUCACAUACAGAAGAAAAUAAGUAUCUUUGUGAUAUUUGCAAUAAGCAAUUUAAAACACAUGACUAUUUACGAGAUCAUAAAAAAAUUCAUACAGGAGCAUUUAAUCACAUUUGUACAUACUGUAAUAAAGGAUUUUAUAAAAGUCAUAAAUUAAAAAUACAUUUACUAACUCAUACAGGAGAAAAACCAUUUGCGUGUACUAAAUGUGGAAAAAUUUCAAAUUUGAUGAAAACAUAUAAAGAAAUGUUAGAAGAAUGUGCUUCAGUACAUAUAUCCGCUAAUGAUUUGUUACCUAAAAAUAUCUGCGUUGAAUGUACAAACUAUUUAGAACAAUCUUAUAAGUUUAAAAUCCAAUAUUUAUCAACAGAAAAAUUAUUAGAAGACAUUAUUGCAAACACACAAAUUAUCACAAAAGUUGAAUAUUCCAAUGAUGACGAAAGUCAUGAUUUUAUUAAUGAUGAUAAUUGCUUUAACUCUACUUCGCAUUUUUUAUUAAAUGAAAAUGAUAAAGUUGAAAAUUCAUCUCAAAAUAAAGUCAUUACAAAGGAAUUAAUUUCUGUAAAAGAUGAAUUAGUUAAAGAAUCAAAUACAGAAUCACUUGAGAAUAAUACAAAGGAUUACAAUACGAUUCAAAAAUAUAAAUGUGAUGACUGUGGGAUAGAUUUUCAAUUAAAAAUAGAAUUUUAUAAACAUCGAAAACUUGUUCAUCCGAGAGACUACAAGUGUGUCUUCUGUGAUAAAAUGUUUAAACGUUCACGCGAUUUAUGGGCACAUUUACCAGAAGUAGCGCAAUGUAAAAUGUGUAAACAAGAUUAUGGCUGUAAAACUAAGUUAAGAAAUCACGUAGAAAAAGAACAUUCAACGUGUGAAAUAUGUGGCAAAGUAUUUCAAAAUAGAAGACAAUAUCACAAACAUUCAGCGACGCAUAAAAACAGGCGUUUAUUAUGUACUUACUGUGGAAAAGAGUUUGCACGUAAACCGAAUUAUAUUGUUCAUGUACGAAGACAUACUGGAGAGAAACCAUAUAAAUGUACUCAUUGUGAUGCGAAAUUUUGUGACAGCAAAGGAUUAAACAUACAUUCUAUGAAACAUACGGACGAAAGAAAAUUUGAAUGUGACAUUUGUAAAACAACAUUUAAAACAAAAGAUUCUGUAAGAAUUCACAAACGCACGCAUAUCGAUGAAAAAAAUUAUCCUUGUGAUAUUUGUAAAAAGCAAUUUAAAACGCAGAACAUCUUACAUUAUCAUAAAAAAAUUCAUACAGGCGAACUAAAUCACAUUUGUACAUACUGUAAUAAAGGAUUUUAUAAAAGUCAUAAACUAAAAAUGCAUCUUCGAACUCAUACAGGAGAAAAACCUUUUAGGUGUGAUACAUGUGGAAAAAUGUUUAGUCAAAAAUUUCAACUUAAUGAUAAUAAUCAAAAUGAAAUAUCUCAAGAUAAAGUCAGUACAACUGAAUUUAUUUCUGUUAAAACUGAAUUAGUUAAAGAAUCAAAUUCAGAUUUAUAUGAGAAUGAUUCAAAAGAUUGCAAUACGAUUCAAAAAUAUAAAUGUGAUGACUGUGGGAUAGAUUUUCGAUUAAAAGUAGAACUUUAUGAUCAUCAAAACUUUGUACACUUGAAAGGUUACAAGUGUAUGUUUUGUGGUAAAACUUUUAAAAGAUCAUACGAUCUGUUGAGGCAUUCACCAAUCGAGCCGGUAUUUUGUUAUACUUGUAAUCAAGAUUAUGGAUGUAAAAAUAUGUUUAGGGAUCAUGUUCCCUUCUGUAAAACUCAUUUGACUACUCACGAAUUAAAAAGUUUUUUAUGCACGUAUUGUGGAUUAACGAUUUCAAAAAAAUCGAAUUAUAAUGCUCAUAUACGAAGACAUACAGGAGAAAAAUCACAUCAGUGCCCAAAUUGUGAUAAGAAAUUUUUUGAUAGUCAAUCCUUAAGAAAGCAUUCCUCUUCGCAUUCGGAGGAAAGAAAAUUUGAAUGUGAUAUUUGUAAAAAAUUAUUUAAAACGAAAGAUAGUUUAAAAAAACAUAAGGAUUCACAUGCAGAAGAGGAAAAAUACUCUUGUAAUGUUUGUAAUAAAAGAUUUAGGACGAUGAAAUCUUUACGUGCACAUAGAAUAGUUCAUACAGGAGAACGAAAGUUUGUUUGCUCAUAUUGCAAUAAAGCAUUUAUGAAAUCAGAUAACUUAAAAAUGCAUCUGCGCACUCAUACAGGAGAAAAACCAUACAGUUGUGAGAAAUGUGGGAAGAGUUAUAGUCAAAAUCAUGCACUUAAGAGUCAUAUGAAAACUCAUUUAGAAAAUUUUCUAAAUAAUUCCACUACCCAAUGACCAAACAAGUUACAGAUCUUGUAAUUUAGACCAGAUUCUUUAUUUUUUAUGUAGGCAGCAUAAAAUAUCGUUCGGAGUACAUAUAUAUGGCGGAUAUUUCACCAUAAACUAAAU